AUGAAUGAAAAAGACGAAAAAGAUCUCACGGGCAAGGACCCUCUUGCCCAUGAUGAAUUCGCGACUCAAGCUACAUCGCCCACCAUUGGCGAGGAAAGACGUCCAUCUCACGCUGCGGCUCUCAACAUCGUCGUGAACCCUCUGAAGCGCUCCUCCAAGGAACAAGUCUACGAGGAUGCCCGCGGAUUCGCGGAAAUGCACGACCUGUCCGAGCACGCUGACCUGUUUGGCCGUGCUGCCCUGGUUGCUCGCAGCCCCAAGGACUUUGAGGACAUCACCGAGCUUACUGAAGAUGAACGUGCAGCCCUGAUCUAUGAGCGAGACCACAAGUGGCACGGCCCGGUCAUGCUGUGGUACUCGAUCGCACUGUGUGCUAUUGGUGCUGCUACACAAGGUUGGGAUCAGACUGGAUCCAACGGAGCCAACCUGUCCUUCCCUGAGGCUCUGGGUAUCAAUGGCAAGGGACGUGAUGAAUGGAUUGUCGGACUGGUCAACUCGAUCAUUUUCCUGACUGCUGGUCUCAUUGGUGCUUUCAUUGUUGAUCCACUUAACCACUACUUGGGCCGAAGAGGUGAAAUCUUCUUGACAGCUGCUUGUCUCACUGCUACCCCGAUUGGUUCUGGUUUUGCAGAGACAUGGCAAGGUCUAUUCGCCGCACGUUUCAUCAUGGGUAUCGGCAUCGGUGCAAAGAAUGCCACAGUUCCCAUCUACUCGGCUGAGAUGGCACCGCACCGUAUCCGAGGAGCUUUGGUCAUGUUUUGGCAACUUUGGGUGGUGGCGGGUAUCUUCUUGGGGUUCUGUGCCAACGUGAUUGUCAAGGACACUGGAGAUAUCUCUUGGCGCCUCCAACUUGGUUCGGCUUUUAUUCCAUCGUUCAUCCUCAUGAUUGGCAUUUUCUUCUGCCCCGAGUCUCCCCGUUGGCUCAUGAAGCAUGGCAAGCACGCCCAAGCUUUCCGAUCGAUGUGUCGUCUCCGCGCUCAUCCUAUCAUUGGCGCGCGAGACUUUUACUACUCGUGGAUUAUUUACGAGGAGGAAUUGAAGGAGGCCCGUGGUGCGGGCUACUUCUCUCGUAUGCGGGAUCUGUUCACCGUGCCUAGAAUCAGACGUGCCAACUACGGUGCUUCGACCGUUAUGAUUGCUCAGCAAAUGUGCGGUAUUAACAUCAUUUCGUUCUACAGUUCAACUAUCUUCGAGAAUGCUGGUUAUACCGCAGUCCAGGCCUUGUACGCUUCUCUUGGUUACGGUGCCAUCCAGGUCGUGUCGACAAUUCCUACGUUGUUCCUGAUUGACACCAAGGGUCGUCGAACUUUGACAUUGAUCACCUUCCCCCUGAUGUGUAUCUUCCUCUUGGCCGCUGGUCUGUCUCUUCUGAACUCAGAUGAUAAUCGCAGCCGAGGAGCGCAUAUUGGACCUGUUGUGCUGUUCGUCUAUCUCUUCACCAUCUGUUACUCCCUGGGUGAAGGCCCCGUGGCCUUCCAGUAUUCUGCUGAGGUCUUCCCUACCAUCCAGCGUGAGCAAGGAAUGGCGUGGGCCGUGUGCAUUAACAACACCUUCGCCGGCAUUCUCGGCUUGACUUUCCCUCGCAUGACGACCGUCAUGACUCCCACUGGAGCAUUCGGCUUCUAUGCUGGCCUCAACCUUAUCGCCUGGUUCAUGAUAUUCUGCUUCGUCAGAGAAACCAAGCAACUCACCCUGGAAGAGUUGGACCAGGUCUUCUCCGUUCCGACGAGCAAGUUCAUCGGCCACGAGCUCACCGUGUGGCUUCCCUACUUCUUCAAGCGCCACAUCUUCCGCAGGAAUAUCCCUAAGCCACCAGCGAUUAUCGCGACUGCCGAUGAGGCGGAGGGUAAGGAUAGCGACUGA